CUCUUAUUCCAUCCAAACGGAUGUGCUCACUGCUCUCUAUUGUCCAUUUGUAAUAACACCGCUGCCCCCCUUUCCAUCCCAUGACAACAAAAAACAGGUGAUAAUCUCCGAGGGUGAGCACAAGGCCUCAGUUGCCCUGCGACAGGCCAGCAUUGUGCUCAACGACAGCCCAACGGCCCUUCAAUUGCGCUACCUGCAGACCAUGUCGAGCAUUUCGGCGGAGAAAAACUCCACCAUCGUCUUCCCUUUCCCCAUAGACCUGUUCACUGAGUUUAUGCCCAAACCGAACCGACAGCACCAGCGCGGCCACCAGUCUGGCCCCGGUUGUCCCGGAGACGCGGGUGGCGGCGGUGUCAACGGCGGUGGUGGUGAUUGCCCCGCCCUGCCCAGCAACCAGAAGACGGAACCGCGUGUGACUGCGCCAUCGCAGACUGGCCGGCAGGGCCGGCCGGGCCAGACGUACUUGGCGGUCGAGUGCAGCGGUUGCAAUGGCGACUGCCAGUCCAGUCGGGCCUACCCGUGCCAGAGGGACUCGAACCAACAGCCGAGUCAGCCCGCCCCGGCGUCCGGGGCUCAGCGUCCGCCGGAGCCGCCGGCGCGUCGGAGUCUGCAACCGACGCCCGGCGAGUCGGAGGAGGCGGCGACGCCCGUCCCUUUCGGCGGCCAGCGAGGCCGUCAGUCGAACGGUUGGAGGCGCGGCAAGCCGGGACUCGAACGCUCGACCUCGGGCCUCCGACCGCCCGACGAGGCCUCGAUCGAGGAGGAUCCUUCGGGGGCGGAGGGGCGGCAUGCGCCGACGACUCCGACUCUGGCCACGGUUGUCGAGGCGGCCCACCGGACCCUCAGCAUGGGCUUCAUCUCGUCUUUCACUGGCGCCUACCGAGACACACACAAGCAUCACAUGUCUGCCGAAGUCGACUUCAAGAUGCCAUUUUGA